ACCCAUCAAAUCGUUUCAGUUGCCAGCCGCGAGCGGCUGAAAGCUUGGCUCCUCUUUCGUCAUCCUCACUGUGUUCGCGUUUAGGGUUUGUGUGUGUGUGUUUUUUUUUUCUUGGGGUUCUUCUCUUGAUGCAAGUACCCAUGGUGGAGAGGCGGAAGCCGCUGGUCCUCUACUCCAACCGCGUCAUCCUCGACUCCCUCCUCAACGCCGCCAAAACCGUCGACGGGGUAUUACCUGAAGCGAGGGCUAGGGCAUCGGCUAAUUAUGACUUAGAGCCUGUAUGUUUGACUGCUGGGAUUCUCCGGUUUGCUGAUAAUGGCUCCGGAGCUGCUGCAGAGUUCAAUGAGGAUUCCUUCUUGGUGGGCGUCUCUAUGUCUACCUUGAAGAAAUUGGCCGUGACAUCUGGGUCUCUGGUUAUUGUCAAGAAUCACAAGUUUAAUGUACAGAGAAUUGUAAAAAUUUUAGUACUUGGCCAUCCAACAUAUUCAAAGUUCAAUGAAUCCUCAGAACAGAGUAGCUCAUCCUCGUUUGCAAGUCCACAAACUAAUGUGUUGCCUUCUUUCACAUAUUCAUCAAAAAAAUUUGGUUUGUUGGAUGAAGGAGUUGCUUAUGUCACUCCACUCUUGGCAUUUAAUCUUGGAUUACAUGUAUCUUGCCUUGGGGGGCAGGAAUCCUUGAAGUUUUUAUUGGAUGGUGAGGGGCAUGAGGAAGGGAUGCUGAUGAACAGCUCUUUUUUUAAUAUUGAGUUAACACCAUCGCCCUAUUUGCCUAGAUAUGCAUCACACUUAAGAGUUUCCUUUGUGAAAGUUCCAGAAUGUAGAGUCCUUGCCUCCUUAAAAGGGAGUUCUGAAAUUGAUGCAAAUGAUCGUCAGGACAUGAUUGACAUGGCAUUAAAUGAGUUUUUCAAAGCUGACAGAUUAUUGGCAAAAGGUGACUUAUUCUGCAUACGAAUCAACUGGAGAUGUGGCUCAGGAAUAUGUGUUGCUUGCAACCAGAAUGGAACCACAAAUUCUUCAAGCAAUGUCAUCUAUUUUAAGGUCACAGCAAUGGAACCAAUCAGCGAACCUAUUCUUCGUGUCAACAAUAAGCAAACGGCACUUGUGCUUAGUGGCAGUACAAGCUCUCGUAUUCCUCCUGAUUCUUUUGUUGGCAUACCUAAGGAGAUACCUUUGCAUCAGGAUACAGUAAAACUCUUGGCAUCUAUAAUUGCACCUGCAUUAUUCCCAACAGCUAUUUUACCAAAACUCUGGGUUACUGUCUUCUUACAUGGUCCUUCAGGGUGUGGUAAGAGAACUGUUGUCAGAUAUGUUGCCCGUUGCUUUGGCUUGCAUGUGGUGGAAUUUAGUUGUUAUGACUUUAUGUCAUCCACAGAGAGAAAGACAUCUGUUGCACUUGCAAAUGCCUUCAAAGCUGCUAGCAGAUACUCACCUUCUAUUCUUCUUCUUCGCCACCUUGAUGGGUUUGGGAACUUAUCUUCCAAUGAAGGUUCUUUAAUGGAUCAAGUCAGCAUUGCGUCUGAAUUUGCAUCCACUGUUAGGGAGUUCACUAGACCAUCAUCAGAGGCUGGAUUUCUGUCCUUGGAUAAAGAAUCAAAUAGUACCCCGAACAUCUCAGAAGUGGAAAAACUGAUCCAACACCGGGUAUUGUUGAUUGCAACCGCAAGCAGUCCUGAAGGUCUGCAACCACCUAUAAUGCGUUGCUUCACUCAUGAAAUAAGUAUGUCUUCUUUGAAUGAGACACAGAGGGCUACAAUGUUGUCACAGUCACUACAGGGUGCCUCCAACAUCCAUGAUCAAAAUGCUAACAAUGAGUUUAUAAAAGAUAUCAUUGGGCAGACAUCUGGUUUUAUGCCUAGAGAUAUACAGGCUUUAGUUGCAGAUGCUAGCUCCAGUUAUAUACAUAAAGUUAUAGACAAUGUUCAAGUGGAACAAGACGAGGGCAUCACUAAAACUGAGGCUACUGAAGAUAAUAUCUCUGAUGAAUCUGCGCGCGAGAAACUUGGAAUUGAGGAUUUCUUAAAGGCUCUGGAACGGUCAAAGAAAAGGAAUGCUUCUGCAUUGGGUACCCCAAAAGUGCCUAAUGUAAAAUGGGAAGAUGUUGGUGGACUUGAGGAUGUGAAGAAGGCAAUUUGGGACACGGUCCAGUUACCUCUCCUAUACAAAGAUUUGUUUUCAUCAGGGUUGCGGAAGCGCUCAGGUGUUCUUCUCUAUGGUCCUCCUGGAACAGGGAAGACAUUGUUGGCGAAAGCUGUAGCUACUGAGUGUUCAUUGAAUUUUCUUAGUGUGAAAGGACCAGAAUUGAUUAAUAUGUACAUUGGAGAAUCAGAAAAAAAUGUCCGUGACAUUUUUCAGAAGGCUAGGUCAGCACGCCCCUGUGUUAUUUUCUUUGAUGAGCUCGAUUCUCUUGCUCCUGCUAGGGGAGCUUCUGGAGAUUCUGGUGGUGUGAUGGAUAGAGUGGUCUCACAGAUGCUUGCUGAGAUUGAUGGCUUAAAUGACUCCACUCAGGAUCUAUUUAUUAUUGGAGCAAGCAACAGACCUGAUCUCAUUGACCCAGCACUUCUGCGUCCCGGCCGUUUUGACAAACUUCUAUAUGUUGGUGUAAAUUCAGAUGCAUCUUACCGGGAAAGGGUUCUCAGAGCACUCACACGCAAAUUUAACCUGCAUGAAAACGUGUCUCUACUUUCUGUAGCUGAGAAAUGCUCGCCAAAUAUGACUGGUGCGGACAUGUAUGCAUUAUGUGCAGAUGCUUGGUUUCAGGCAGCAAAGCGCAAGGCUGCUCAUCAACAUUCUGAUUCUUCGAGUACUGAUGAAAGACAUGAUGCAGUUAUUGUUGAGAUGGAUGAUUUUAUGAAGGUUUUGGUAGAUCUGACACCUUCCUUGUCAAUGACUGAAUUGAGAAAGUAUGAACAUCUAAGGGAUCAAUUUGAAGGAGCUUCUUCAAAGUGAACCAGCAUCAAAUUUUGUUCUCACCCAUCUCAAUCCAAUUGUACAGUAUAUAUAUAUAUAAAUUUUGUACCAUAUCCAUAUCACUUAAUAAUUGUUCUCAAUGCAAUUAUACCAGUGGAACUGUACAUGAGGAGUAUUACACAUCAAUGCAAUCAUCUAAUGUUAUUUA